UAAGCGCAAACUCGACGGGCUCUAUUAAUUUUGACCAAAUCGCAUCGCUCAGUACGAGGCAGAUUGCCGGCCAAUAUGCUCGAUCGUGGAGUUUAACGAUUUUUUUCUUCGGAUAAAUGUUCGAGACGUAUUCUCUACCAAAAUUUGGCAUUUGCUUUGCGUUUCGUAAAUAAGCUUCUCCCGUUCGUUAUACUGCAGUUUUUCAGGAUGAAGAGUAAGGCUCUCUUAGCGGUCUUGCUACUGGCAAUUUGGGCCGAACGAGUUCGCGGCGACGAUUACACUUGCGUUUGGUACGGACAGUGCGGUUUCUCCGAGAACAACCGAGUGCGCAACUGCUUGGACGAGACUUCUGCCCAGCCGAUCGACGAUGAAGCCGCGAAAGCGAUUUUCCGAAAGAGAUGUCCCCACUUCUACGAGAAGACAGACGAUCCGCCGACCUGCUGCGAUGCCGAGCAAAUCUCGACGAUGGCCGACAACAUGAACAUGGCAGAGCAAGUUUUUGGCAGAUGCUCCACGUGCUUGAGAAACCUCUUUCGCUCCAUUUGCGAUUUCACCUGCGCCGCCGAUCAGAGCCGAUUCAUGAACGCCACCAAGAUCGUCAACGACAACUGGAUCGAGUCUAUCGAGAUAUUCCUCGACGAAGCUUACGCCAACGCAACUUACGAGUCCUGCAAGAACAUCGUCAACCCCACCAGCGGUACUCUAACCAUGGACAUGGCGUGUAAGGGCGCCAAGAAGUGCAACCCUAGACGAUGGUUCGACUUGAUGGGAGACGACGAGGCGAUGCCUUUCGUGCCUUUCAAAAUGAACUACGCCUUCAAAGUGGAAGAGCUCGAGUCCGAGUUCAUAACAGAGCCACUGAAGCCUCCGACGAAGCCUUGCAACGAGCCCUACGACGAGAAAUCCCUGGCCUGCAGUUGCGUCGACUGUCCCGUAGCUUGUAAGCCCAGUGAUAUCCACUUCGAUUACGAGUACUUCGAGAUCUUCGGUUGGAGCGGCUACGGCGUCAUCUCGGGAUUCGUCAUACUCCUCGUCAGCGCUGUCUUCACCGUCGGCUUCUGCCUAUGCAAUCGAAGCAGCUCCAGAUCGAAACGCAUGGACGACUUGGAGAUGACCAGUUCCGACAGCAACACGAGCUUGGAAAAGCUCGAGAAGCCCGGAACCUGCGGUGAGACCUUUCAUCAGUUUCUGCACAGCUGGUUCUUGGUCGUCGGCACAUUUUUCGCCAAGCAUCCGGUCAGCUCCUUGGCCAUCAUCAGCAACGUAAUCGUCGCGUUGAGCUUCGGAUCGUCAAGACUCAUCGUCACAUCGAACCCGAUCGAAAUCUGGUCGGCGCCAAGUAGCCGAGCGAGAAUCGAGAAGAAUUUCUUCGACGAACACUUUCAGCCUUUCUACCGGACUGAGCAGAUAUUUAUCAAGUCGGUGGGACUUGAUAAGGUAUACAACGAUAUCGACAACGUAACGUACGAGUUUGGUCCCGUUUUCCGGAAAGAGUUUAUGCUUGCUGUUCUCGACUUGCAGGAAAAAGUGAUGCAGCUUGGCCAAGAAGACGGAGAGGGCUUGGAGAGGAUUUGCUACGCGCCUGUGAAAAACGAUUUUUCCGGACCGAUGACGCUUUCCUACUGCACAGUUCAAAGUGUUUGGGGCUACUUUCAGAACGAGCCUAAGAAAUUAGAGCAGGAGAGCUAUUGGAAAACUUUGUUCGGCUGCUUAGAUGCUCCUUACGACGUCAACUGUCUGGCGCCUUACAAGGGUCCCAUCAUACCUGCCAUUGCGGUUGGUGGCUUUUUAGAGGAUGGUAAAACCAGCCGCUACGAGGGCGGGGACUACGUCAGAUCGACCGGAUUAAUUUUAACGUUUCUAGUCAAAUCUCCGCAUAACUCGGAGAAGGAGCAGUUGGAACUGGCUAAAAAGUGGGAACUCCGAUUUAUCGAGUUUAUGAAAUACUGGGACGAGCACGAACGUCCUCAGUUCAUGGACGUGGCUUACUCCACCGAGAGGUCGAUCGAAGACGAGCUGGAAAGAUCGUCAAGGGCUGAAGCUAUUACGAUGAUCAUAAGCUACGCCUUGAUGUUUAUCUACAUAGCACUAGCUCUUGGAGAAUACAAACUAUCUUGCUAUUGUUUCGUAUCGAGCAAAAUUUUUCUGAGCAUCGGUGGAAUAAUAGUAGUCGUUUUAUCAGUAAGUUGUGCCGUGGGAAUUUAUGGAUACCUGGGCGUGCCCACGUCACUACUUACAGUAGAAGUAAUUCCAUUUUUGGUAUUGGCUAUAGGAGUCGAUAACAUAUUUAUACUAGUCAGAGCACAUCAAAGACACCCCCGAAGAGAGGGCGAGUCGAUACCAGAGCACGUGGGAAGAAUCGUCGGUUCAGUCGGUCCUUCGCUUUUGCUUACGAGCACGUCUGAGGUUCUUUGCUUUUCCAUCGGUACUCUAUCGGAUAUGCCGGCUGUUAAUACAUUUGCCAAGUUCGCUGCCUUAUCGAUAUGCCUAAACUUUUUCCUUCAAAUCUCUGCUUUCGUUAGUCUACUAUCUUUGGAUGCUGCGCGCCAGGAGCAAAAUCGUAUCGAUUGUCUCUGCUGUUUCGCGAUAAAGAAGGAGCCGUCGAAGAACACUUACGACCAGGGUGUGAUAAAUCUAUUUUUCGAAAAAGUGUACACACCGUUUCUAAUGACGAAACCAGUGCGAUUCUUAGUAAUGGUGAUUUUCAUUGCUGCUUUGAUUAUACACGCAGUCAUCGUGCCCGAAAUAGAGAUAGGUCUCGAUCAAAAACUAUCCAUGCCUUACGAUUCUUACGUAUUCAAGUACUUCGAGUUUAUGCAAGAUUUACUGUCGAUGGGACCACCGACGUACUUUGUAGUGUCGAAAGGACUGAACUACAGCGACAUCAAAGUUCAAAAUGCAAUCAGCGGGGCUUCGGGUAGCAACGAUGAUUCUCUCUACUUGCAAAUUUUCUCCGCAGCGAAUCGAUCGUCCGAAACGUACAUAGCGCAACCGGCUUCCUCGUGGAUCGACGACUACUACGACUGGACUACCAUCGACAGCUGUUGCAAGUACUUCUCGGAAAACGGAACUUUUUGCCCUCAUGACAAAGGUUCGUGUGAAAAGUGUGCUAUCGCUCGCGACGAGACAUACGAUUUGCGGCCGUCUACGAAGGACUUCAGAAAGUACAUUCCAUUUUUCCUGACCGAUGUGCCAGAUCCAACGUGCGCUAAAGCAGGUCGAUCAACUUAUUUGGAUGGUAUUAACUAUUAUUACGAUAACUACGGACUCACAGAUGUUGGAGAUUCGUAUUUCAUGACAUAUCACACUCCAUUGAAAUUGCAAUCUGAUUGGUACGAAGCUCUGCGAAGCGCGAGACUGGUAGCGGAUGGCAUAUCUGAUAUGCUCAACAAUGCCAAUUUGACGACAGAAAAAAUUACAGUAUUUCCUUACAGUGUAUUUUACGUGUUUUACGAACAGUACCUGACUAUUCAAUCGGUAGCAUUGACUUCAAUAGGACUUUCGCUCGUAACUAUUUUCUUUGCUACGUUCUUGCUGACUGGAUUUUCAUUCUUCUCGGCCAUUAUAGUUCUGCUGACGGUUUUCAUGAUAACUGUCGAUCUAUGCGGACUGAUGUACUGGGUGGGUAUCUCGCUCAAUGGAGUUUCUCUGGUAAAUCUAGUCAUGGCAACAGGAAUUUCAGUCGAGUUUUGUAGUCACAUCGUGCACGCUUAUUUGGUAUCUACCAAGAAGACCAGGGAGAAAAAGGCCGCCGAGGCUUUGUCCCGAGUAGGAAGUUCGGUCUUUUCCGGUAUUACAUUAACAAAGUUCGUCGGUAUUGCAGUACUGGGUUUUGCUAAAACGCAAAUAUUUACCGUUUUUUACUUUAGAAUGUACUUAGGAAUAGUAUUACUUGGCGCAGCGCAUGGCCUCAUAUUUUUGCCAGUUUUAUUAAGUUUUAUAGGUCCAGUGCAGAAAAUAAGAAACUAAUUUAAAGACUUAGAGAAUUUAUUUGUAAGAUUAUUUAUAUUUUUAUAUUGCGAUAUUUGUAAGAAAACUGCUGUGAGAAAAUUUGUAAAUAAUCAAAGCCAUUUAUGGUUCACAACAUUUAUUUAUUGUAGAUUAUAAGUUACAUUUAUUUUGUUUGAAGUUUUUAAAGCCAAGACUUAUAAAAGCUGAAGAACUUAGUUGUGAAUGUUAAUGAAUAAUUCCAAUACUUUUUCAAUUGCAAAUCAGUCUAAUAAAAAACACCAGCAUAAAUCAAAAUAAAAAAUAAUCUUAAUGCUAUCAGUACUAUCGAUUUACUACUGGUGAUUGGUGUUUCGACUUAAGCCAUUCCUCCGCGAAGACGCAAGACCAGAUGAAGCGUGGACUCUUUUUGAAUGUUGUAGUCUGAAAGGGUCCUUCCAUCCUCCAGCUGUUUACCGGCAAAGAUGAGACGCUGCUGGUCUGGUGGGAUGCCUUCCUUAUCCUGAAUUUUAGCCUUGACGUUUUCGAUAGUGUCGGAAGCUUCAACUUCUAAGGUGAUGGUUUUACCGGUUAAGGUUUUGAC